GAGCAAUAAUGACGAUCUCGGAGCAAGGAUAGUAACUGAGUUGAAAGAAACAGCGUUGAUAUCCCCUCCACUCUAGAGACGUGGCCCCCCCCUCCCAGCGAGUUGCAAUCCUUUAAAUAGUCCGCGGAGCAAGGGAGGGGAGGACCGGUGGGGCGUCUCCAGGCGAAGGCCUGGUGGCCCCGCCCAACUAAUCCGCGCCCCGCGGCGGGCAGCACUCCAGCCAAUCGUGGCUCGCGGCUCGGCUCCCGGGCUGAGCUGGGUGGCCCUGAGGCCAGACUGAGAGUCCCCAGAGAGGUGAGCGAGGGCCCUACCCAGCACUGGAGGGUCGCAAAGCCGCGGGCGUUCCCGGAGGUGGUCAUUGCGAACCUGGUAGUUGAGGGCAUCAUGGUAGGAGGCUUGAAGAGGAAACACUCAGAUCUGGAGGAGGAAGAGGAGGAUGAGAAGUGGGACUGGGGUCCGGCAGGCCUGCGGAGCUACCAGCAAGCCCUGCUCCGUAUCUCCCUAGACAAAGUCCAGCGAAGCCUGGGCCCCCGAGCACCCAGCCUUCGCAGGCAUGUCCUCAUCCACAAUACCCUCCAGCAGCUCCAAGCUGCGCUUUGCCUGACUCCUGCACCUGCCCUGCCCCCAGAGCCCCUCUUCCUGGGCGAGGAGGACUUCUCCCUGUCGGCCACCAUCGGCUCUAUUCUCAGGGAGCUGGAGACCUCCAUGGAUGAGACCGAGCCCCCUCAGAAUCCAGUGGCUCCCCCAGGCCCUCAGAAUGAAGUGCUGCCCCAGCCCGAUCCAGUCUUCUUAGAAGCUCUGAGCUCCCGGUACCUGGGGGACUCUGGCCUGGAUGACUUCUUCCUGGACAUUGACACAUCUGCAGUGGAGAAGGAGCCUUCACUGGCCCCACCAGAGCCUCCUCACAACCUCUUCUGUGCCCCAGGGUCCUGGGAGUGGAAUGAACUAGAUCACAUCAUGGAAAUCAUUCUGGGAUCCUAAAACUUUGAUGUGGGGGGCCCUUCCUCAUCGCAGCCUUGGUGGGCUGAAUCCCUGGAUGCAACUCUGUGUGUGUAUGUGUGUGUGUGUGUGUGUGUUUUGAUGGGGGCUCUAAGCAGUGGCUGUGGCCUCCUUCCUCCCAUUUCAGGGUUCCAAAUUGUCUCGCAUGUAUGUGUGUGUCUGGUUAUCGCAACCUUCUGUGAAGGUGGGUCUUCCUGAAUUAAUUUAUCUGUUCCAAAUGCCUUAAUGAGACUCUGUUUCUGGGAGUCUGGUUUCCCACUUCCACAUUUCUUCUGCCUUUCCCUCCAGUUCCCACUCCCCUUGUGUCCACUGGGGCCUCAGGGCAGAUAGUUUGGGCCUGUCAGAGGAUGACAGGGAUGUGCGCCUGAUUGCUAUGGAAACCCAGCCUCUGCCUCUUGCACUUCCAGGUAGUGGGAGGGGCUGGCCUCCUCCCCACAGGCUGAACCCCACCUCCUUCACAGGACCGCAAUCCAAGCAGGCUCCUGAUUCAUGACCAGGCCGGACCAUGUGCAAUAGGGUGGAAACCAAACUGCUCCAUGCCACGUUAUUUAAAAGAAAGGCGGGUUUUGUGGUGGUUUUUUGUUUCUGUUUUUGUUUUUUGAUUGUUUGUAAUGAUUUUUUUUUUUUUUAAUAAAAGUACUUUGGAAGG